GUGUGUGUGUCCGUGUGUGUGAGUCCUCCAGCUCCUCCAGCUCCUGACGGCUGCUUGUGGACACACCAAGCCGAGCAGCAGCGUCCCCCCCCCGGAUCGAACCCUCCAGAAGACCCCGGGGACAAACCUCAGACUCACACAUGAGUCCAACACACACAAGGACACACACUCCACAGCCACUGAACCGUGAACCAUGGAGGACCGAGGCCCGGCUCAGAGGAAGAUGUCCACAGCUGGAGACAGUCUGUACAAGGUGCUGGGUCUGGAGAGAGGAGCCACACAGGAGGACAUCAAGAAGGCCUACAGGAAACUGGCACUAAGGCAUCAUCCCGAUAAGAACCCGGACAACCCAGAAGCUGCGGAGAAGUUCAAGGUGAUCAACAACGCCAACUCGAUCCUCAGCGACGAGAACAAGAGGAAGAUCUACGACGAGUACGGCUCCAUGGGCCUGUACGUGGCCGAGCAGUUCGGAGAAGACAGCGUGAAACUGCACUUCAUGGUGAACAAGUGGUGGUUCAAGGCCCUCCUGGUGUGUGGCUGUUUCUUCACCUGCCUCUGCUGCUGCUGCUGCUGCUGCUUCUGCUGCGGGAAGUGCGGCCCCCCCGCCACCGAGGAGGAGGCCAACUUCCACAUGGAUCCAGACGACCUGGACGGAGAGUUUGAAGAUCACAGCACAGCAGGAGAUCCUGUGAUAGUUGCUCAGCCGAGCUCUUCUACUGCUGCUGCUGCUGAUGAGGAUCCAGCAGCAGCAGGAGACCACGUGAUCGUUAUGCAGCCGAGCUCUGCUGCCACUGACAAAUCAGGUGAGAACGCAACGAUUGUGAUUCAGCCUCGAGCGAGUGACGGCUCCUCGGGGCCCGGAGCCGCAGAACAGGACGAGUGAGCUCAGGAAUGAAGACGUGAAUGAAUGAGCUGAGCGAGUGGAGUCAUAUCUGAUUCUGAACCGUCUCUAAACCAGGUCGUGGCUGUUGAUUAAGAUUAAGAUUGAUGAACACAAGCCCAGUGCCUGUGUGUGUCUGUCUGUGUGUGAAUGUGUGCGUUCCUCUCAGACUGUGGCAGACCUGCAGAAAACCUGUUCAUGUCUCAGGUGUUUUUUUGUUUACAUGAACAAGGAAGCCAUCGGAUUGUGCCAACGUUCUCUUCCUUUUAAAAAAACAAUGUUAAUGGUGUAUUCUUUGAUCCCCGUCUUUUAUUUAUUUCUAUAAGAUAUAAUAUGGAGCAACUCUUAAAAAUGACCAGAUGUUUUCUUUUUUUUGUUGACUUGUGUACUUUGAUUGUGUAAACGGUUUCCAACAGAGUCCAAACCCAGAGAAAUCCAAAGUUUUAUUCAUGGGAAUGUUACAUUUAAAAUUUGGUCUUCCUUUUUAAUUUGUGUCAAAUGAGCUCUGCCCGUGAUUUUGUCCGUCUCGGCUCAAACCUCGAGAUAACUCAUCGUUAGCCAGUCGUCAGUUUUGUUUGGACUGGUCACUCGUGAUGGAUCAGGAUUCCUUCAUUGCCGUUUGAUUCGUUACCUCAUGGAAAACACGUCUUUGCCAAAGAGCUGAGCGGGGGGGCACAGAGUAGCUGUACUGCACAAGCACUUGAAACGAAAGCCAACAUGGACUUUAUUUUAUUAUGACUUUUUGUGCCAACUGUUUCUGGUUUUCAGAUAUUUCUGGAUGCUCCAGAUGUGUUGAGAGCUUUUCUUCUUCUGUGGUGUUAGAGACGACUUGUUCCCUGAGAAAUUGUGACGAUGUGUUAAAGGUCCAGUGUGUAAGAUUUACCUUAGAAUAGGCCUUUUAUAUUUAAACACUUUAUAUUAAGAAGGAAGGAAGGGGAGGGUGAGGUGAGGGGUAUUAGGCUGCAAUAUGCAACUUCACCACUAGAUGUCACAAAAUUCUACACACUGAACCUUUAAUACUGGAAUCAUGUUAUCUUGUAAAUUCAGAGAUAUAUUUUUUAAAUCUGAGGUUUUUAUAUAUUUGCAUAUAUAUUUAUGUAAAACCUUAGAUUAUGUCAUCUUUAAUCAUGUUUUUAUUUGAUUUUUUAUGGGUGGGCAUCGUUGGGUUGCUUCUAUCUUAUUUUAUUUGUACAAAUCUGUAUCUAUUCCAUCUUUAUUUUUUUCCCAUCAGGCAGGUCACACAAUGUAUUUAAUUAAUGAAAAAGUACCGAUUUCUUUUUGAAUGACUUUUACAUGUUUGUGUCUGUAAAUUGUAAAAUUUCUCUGUUCAAAUAAACUGG